AGGAGCUUAGUGAGCCAGAGCAGCGCUGCGCAUCGCUGUACAGCGCGCCGAGUAUGUCGGGGAGCCAAGACACCCACGCAGUCCUGCCAUAGAAUUUUCACGUCUUCGAAUACUUAGACGUAGAAAAUUGAUUAUUUCUUAGUUGGUAGCUCUGCUAGAAGCCACAAUGGUGCACCAUUCGCUGUCCUUCCAGUCCUUCAAAAACCCAAAGGCUAUGCACACCAGUAUCAGUGAGAUCAUCAAAGAGAAGACGCUGAGACCGUCCCGCCGCAGCCUGCCCUGCUUAGCCCAGAGCCAAACACACCCCCAGAACCUCAACCAAGUCCUGGCUGUGGCUCCCUCGGCGCGCCAGGCCCUCUCCGCCCAGAGCUCCAGCCCCCCCUGCACCCACGUCGCCAGCAAGACGGCUGAAGAUGGACAGGACCAGUACACUGAGGAAUCUGAAACUGGAGGUUAUGGGUCUAGGACCGACCAUUCGCUUCUGAUCCGGCAACCUGUCACCAGACCUCGACUGGAGAGGCGCGCUGAGUCACUGCAGGAGCGCAGCAGAGCAGCCACUUCUGGACUCACAUUCAAAGAUGGGAAGAAGAGAAUUGAUUACAUCUUGGUUUACAAGAAGUCCAGCCCACAGGUGGAGAAGCGAUGCACGUUUGAGAGAAAUCUGAGAGCCGAGGGGCUGAUGCUGGAGAAGGAGCCGUCUUUGACCAACAACGACAUCAUGUUUGUGAAGAUCCAUGCUCCCUGGGACGCGCUGUGCAAAUACGCCGAGCAGAUGAACAUACGGAUGCCCUUCAGGAAAAAAUGUUACUUCACUGAUUGGAAGAGUAGGACUAUGGGCAGGUUUCAUCUCCGGCUGCGUCAGGUGAAGAGCUGGCUUCCCAAGAAUCCCAUGAAGCUGGACAAACAGGCGCUUCCUGAUCUGGAGGAGACCGACUGUUACACAGCCCCCUUCAGUAGGGCCAGAAUGCACCAUUUUACAAUCAUCAAUAGAGAAACGUUCUUCUCCAACUCCACAAGGAGCAGGAUAGUUCACCACGUUCUCCAGCGAACCAAAUACGAGGAUACAAAAUCCAAGAUGGGCAUAAAUCGGUUGCUUGGCAAUGGGACGUAUGAAGCUGCUUUUCCACCCCAUGAGGGUGGUUACAGAAGCAGACACCCAAUCAAGACGCAUGGAGCCCAAAACCACAGGCACCUGCUGUAUGAGAGGUGGGCCCGGUGGGGAAUGUGGUACAAGUACCAGCCGCUUGACCUGAUCAGGCGAUAUUUUGGAGAGAAGAUUGGCCUCUAUUUUGCCUGGCUAGGUUGGUACACUGGCAUGUUAAUACCGGCUGCUCUAGUGGGCCUCUUUGUCUUCCUCUACGGUCUCUUCACCAUGGACUCCAGCCAAGUUAGCAGGGAGAUCUGCGAGGCCAAUACUACCAUUAUGUGUCCUAUGUGUGAGAGGAACUGCAGUCCCUGGAGGCUGAGUGACAGCUGUAUCUAUGCUAAGGUCACCCAUCUCUUUGACAACGGCGGCACAGUGUUUUUCGCCAUCUUUAUGGCCAUAUGGGCAACUGUCUUCCUGGAGUUCUGGAAGAGGAGAAGAGCAGAGCUGACAUAUGACUGGGAUUUGAUUGACUGGGAGGAAGAGGAGGAAGAGCUACGUCCCCAGUUUGAGGCGAAGUAUUCGAGGGUCGAGAGGGUGAAUCCCAUCUCUGGUAAACCUGAACCCUUCCAGCCAUUUACAGACAAACUCAGCCGACUGAUGGUCUCCGUUUCUGGAAUCUUCUUCAUGAUCUCCCUGGUGCUGACUGCUGUCUUCGCUGUGGUGGUUUUCCGGCUGAUCGCCAUGGAGCAUUUUGCAUCCUUCCAGUGGGAGUUUGUGAAAAAGAACUGGCAGUUUGCCACCUCGGGCACUGGCGUCUGCAUCAACUUCAUGAUCAUCAUGUCUCUUAAUGUGGUGUAUGAAAAGGUGGCAUACCUCCUUACAAAUUUAGAGCAUCCUCGGACAGAAUCUGAAUGGGAAAACAGCUUUGCACUGAAGAUGUUCCUCUUUCAGUUUGUCAACCUGAACAGUUCCACUUUUUACAUUGCCUUCUUCCUGGGCAGGUUUGCAGGCAGGCCUGGGAAGUAUAACAAGCUGUUUAAGAGAUGGCGACUUGAGGAGUGUCACCCCAGUGGCUGCCUCAUAGACCUUUGUCUGCAGAUGGGGGUCAUCAUGGUUCUGAAACAGAUCUGGAACAACUUCAUGGAGCUGGGCUACCCGUUGCUCCAAAACUGGUGGUCACGCAGAAAGAUAAAGAAGGGCGGACAGAAAGUGGAAAGCAAGGUGCCGCUUCCCCAGUGGGACAAAGACUGGAACUUACAGCCCAUGAACGCCCACGGACUGGUGGAUGAGUACCUGGAGAUGGUGCUCCAGUUCGGCUUCACCACCAUCUUCGUGGCCGCCUUCCCCCUGGCCCCCCUGCUGGCGUUACUCAACAACAUCAUCGAGAUCCGCCUGGACGCCUACAAGUUCGUCACGCAGUGGAGGAGACCCAUGCCAGCUCGAGCCACCGAUAUCGGCAUUUGGCAUGGGAUCCUGGAGUGGAUUGGAGUCUUGGCAGUCAUUACCAAUGCCUUUGUCAUCGCCAUCACCUCUGACUACAUCCCCCGCUUUGUAUAUGCCUUCAAGUAUGGCCCCUGUGUGGACAAGGGCUACAAACACGAGAAGUGUUUACGCGGCUACGUGAACAGCAGCUUGUCAGUCUUUGACAUGGGGGACUCUGAUAAAGGGCCCAGAUACUGCAGGUACCGGGACUACAGAGCACCCCCUUGGAACCCGGAGCCCUACGAAUUCACUCUGCAGUUCUGGCACGUUCUGGCUGCCCGGCUGGCCUUCAUCAUCGUCUUUGAGCAUCUGGUCUUCGGCAUCAAGUCGUUUAUCGCCUACCUGAUUCCUGACAUGCCCAAGGACCUAUGCGACCGCAUGCGACGGGAGAAGUACCUGAUGCAGGAGAUGAUGUACGAGGCCGAGCUGGAACACCUGCAGAAGCAGAGGAAGAAGAACGGCAAGCGUUAUCACCACGAGUGGCCUUAGCCCCCCCGAACCCCUUCCCGAAAUGCGUUACUGUGGCAGGGGGCCGGCUGUCUUUGCCUCGCUGAAUUUGCACCAGUGAGUCAAUUCACUGUCAUCUUGGCUAAAGACAGAUCCAACCUUGCACACGUCUAUGUCCAUGGCUUCCACUUCCAGAACUGAGAGUCAGCGCUCAUUUUUGGUCCUUUCUAUGCUAGCCCCCCCACCUCAGCUUAGUCUGACAGGGUCCUGUCAUGCCUGUGCACCGUCUGCACUUUGAAAGAGACCUCACGCAAUUGUAAUGUUUACUAUGCAGAUCAAGGGCUGUUAGAUCACUGCUCCCUUCACAUGUCGAUUCUAUUUCAAUAUCAGCCCAGAUCAGUACUUCAUGCCUAACAGCCCUUUGUGCCGUCCAUGGAUAAUGACAUGGACACCGGUUAUAGUUAUUCUUGCUAAAAAGCCCAUGUCACUUACCUAUGAAAAAAGCCCACAUAGCUUCUUACUUAUUCUGUAUAUUGUCCUGGAAAGCAUGCCGAUGUACAGUCUCCGGUGAUUUUUGUAAAUGAGAAGCAGUGGCAGUCAUAACAGAUUACAAUUUAAUGCAUGACAUAUAUCCUACUGACCCUCUGCCCCAUUUCCAUGUUCCACCACCCUCUACAUUAUACUCAUCAUGGCUGUUUACACCUUAUAGUGCUGGAUAGAUACUACUCCUUUUGCUGCUGUAAAUACCUGUGUGGCCACUGGUUCCUGAGUUGCAAUUUUAAUGCAGGUCUUUCUGUGAGUGUGAGUAUAAGCAGCUUUAACAAUCUUGUGGGGAUAUUUUUGUUUCGGUCAUGUGGGGACAAAACACAGUUUUCACAAGAUAAAUGCCUUUUUUCAUGAUUUUUAGUAGGUUAUCAAUUUUCAUCUCAGUUGGUGGUUUGGUAUUAAGUUCAGUUAAUUAUGGUAAAGUUAUAUUUAAUGGGAAGCCCCCGCAAAUGUAGCUAUACAUCAACGUAUGGGUAUGCAUAUAUGUAUGGGGUGACUGCAAACAACCUAAAGGGUACAUGGUUUCGUCUGCAUUUGUUUGCUGUGGUAUUUCCUCGACAGACAGAUUGUAAGAAGAAGAAAUGUAAUAUUCCAGAGAUGAUUCCCUCCAUAUCGGGACACUAGCAUGUAGCUUUGCCUUCUUUUUGUUUGAUGACUUUGGUAUCUGACAUGGGAAGUUGACCCAACAAAACUAUAGAAGACAGCAUCUGUCUUGGCUUAGAAAAGGCGAAGCAAGGAGCCAUGUAGGAAAUGUGUUGCCCAUAUAGCUGAGAAGCGAUGUGAUGUAAUGGGAUGUGAUGCUACAACUGGUUUUAUCUGGACAGGCUGCCUCAGGGCUCCAGGUCUUGGGUGUGAUUCUGGGAGGUGAAUCCUCUAUGUUAAACAACAUUGGCAUUUCAUUCGCAGAUUUAAGCACAAAACCACUGGAGUGGUUGCUUGGAAAAUUCUUUAUUUACUCUUUUAGGCAGAACAGCCCAUAAAAAAGUGAAAAGCACAAUGUUCAAUUUGGACAGUACUCUGAUAUGCAUUAACAGCUGAGUCAAGCAGAAAUUUCAUUAUGUGUACCAAAUGUAAAUCACCUUACACUAUUGACACUUAAGAUAAAUUCUGGUUACAUUUAUAUUUUCUAGUCCACCUGUGGCUAUUUUUGAGGGUAUAUGCACAGAAAUAAUACUGGUAGCUUAGUCAAGUAGUUUUGAAGCUCUGGUGACUCAAUAUGAUUUGAUUUAAGUAGUUAUAAUUGUGACGUGACAGGACCAGUGGGUUGUGGGUUCAAAUCCCACCCAGAGCCCAAGCUGUCUAAUACUCUAUGCACCCUGAAGUGGAACUACAAUUUACCUUGGAUAAUUGGUUACUGAAUAUGGAUAGAUAUUCAAACAGCAUUGAUGCAUUUUAGCGACUUCUACAAUCACAAUAAAAUUAUUCAUGAAAUCAGCAAUAUACUGUAAAGGUAUUUACAUGCCCACUGAGCUGCUCAGAUCAGUGCUUUACAUCCCUGAACCACAGUGUGGACAACAUACUGAUGAGAAUUAUCUAAAUUUUGAAAUGUUAUGGUGAACAGGGAAGAAGUUAAACGAGACAUAUAUAGACGUCACACAAAUAGCUAUGGUAAAAUAAAUACACCAAUAUUAUACAUUUUUAAUUAUUUAUAUUUAUGUAUAACAUAUAUAAAUUCUUUAUGUGUAUGACAGUAAUUACUAUCAGAUGAAAGAUCUACCUUCUGAAACACUUUCAUCAGCUAAGACUAUUCAUUGCUGCUAUAAUUAUACAAUGCUUGAUUUCCGCACCAUAUAUGAAACUAUCGUUAACAUCUCAUAAAUAUUUUACAAAUUAAAAUAUAAUUUCAAAGUCAUAGAUGGCAUUUUUUGAAGAUUAGAAGCUUAUUUGCGAUUUGGAAAUAAUUUUAUAUUUUCAUGUGUUUUGCAUUUCUCUGAAUGUAUUAUUGCCUGCUUUGAUUACUGUAUUAGUGGAUAAUAUACAGUUUUUUAAUUCACAUUAAAUGAUUCAUGCCUAGCUGAUGAUGAGCCGAGUGCUUUAACCAGUCUUGCUUGCAAUAAGGUUACAUAAAUGUCUUAUGUUUAAUUUUGGUUUAUAUUGCAAUUUUGUUUUACAUUGGCUAUAGUACAGCAUUAAAUCUAUACCAUAUCUUGAGUAAACUGAUUGUCCAACACGCAGUAUGCUUAUAGUAGGAGCACUAAAAAAUUUAACUUGUAGGCCACAAUUCUACAUGUUUCGUAUAAUUUCUUUCCGCACACAUGCAAAAUUCUCUCUGUACAAUGUUUUCCCAACUAGAACUGUGUAUCUGCACCUGUCAGUAAAGCAGGGGAACCAAAUGUAUUUGAGAUCGGUAUUCCUAGCUAUUCCCAGUUUAUUGGUUGUAGUUCAAUAGUCUUGAGACUUAAGAAACUUAAAAUCAUUUCAAAUGUGAAAUUCAAAUAUCUGAGCGAAAAGACUGGAAUCUGAGGGAGAGGCUUGACCAGUGCUGAGAAUUCGUGGGAAGUGCAGUAGUCCCCUCCGUAUUCGUAAUUGAUACGUUCCAAGACCUACUAAUAAUAGCAAACCAUCUGCGAACAACAUACAUAACGCAUACAUAACGCAUACAUAAUGUGUUUUUUGUGUACAUAUAUGGGGUAAAGUUUUAUUGCUAAAUUAUGCACAGUAAAACAUCACCAAAAUCCAGCCGUCCAUGGUCUGUAACAGUGUGUCCUAUUCAGGAUCAGGGGGGGGGGGGUUUGGAGCCUAUACUGGAAGCUACGGGCGAAAGGCACGGAUAUUAACAACAUUAAAUAUAGUAAUGAUAAAGUUCAAUAUUAUACUGUACUGUGCUGUCUCAAAUGAAAGCGAUUCUGACGUUUUAGCUUAAUUCUCAAGAGACGAUAAAUCAAUAUCAUGUAUCAAGGGGAUGCAAAGCAAUGAAAAUUGUGCUUUUU